AACAUCCAGGUCAUACGGGGACCGAGGUCGAAGCCCAAGGCCUCGUAUGGUGUAGUGCUGUAGUGUCUACCGGAGAAACAACCCAGUGUCAAACGUCCCGAGGAAUAGAGAGAAAAUGCAGACCUCGCUUCCAUACUCUCAUGGAAGCACAAAUCUCAGGUUUAAAUCAAACGCAAACACGAAAUUUUCAAUUAAUCAGACAAGAAACACACAGCUGCAACUUCUCUUGACUGUUCUAGCCGAACCUUGCCGUUCACUAUCACCAUCUUGUUGCCAUCUUACUCUGAAGACUCAACAUCGAUUACAGCCCUCAUCACUACUCCAAUCAAGCAAAAUCAGUUGGAUUCGACCCUCCAAUCUAAUUCCCGGAUCAAGAAUUGCUCCAUCAGUAGCGCCACUUCAGUGUGGCAAUUCAUCAAACAGUUUCGAUGCUAAAACCGAUAACAGCAGCAGGAGUUUGAGAGACUGGAUUGAGCUGGUCGGGGAGGCUAUAUCUACUGCUUUUCCGAUAUGGGUGGCACUGGGAUGUCUAUUGGGGCUCCUGAAGCCAAGUUCCUUCAGUUGGGUUAAGCCUAAAUGGCCCGUUUUCUUCCUUUCCACCACCAUGCUUGGUAUGGGCAUGACCCUCACUCUCGACGAUCUUAAUGACGCUAUUGCGAUGCCCAAAGAAGUCCUCUCCGGUUUUCUUCUCCAGUACUCGGUAAUGCCAAUAUCCGGAUUUCUUGUGAGCAAGCUUUUGAAUCUGCCGUCCCAUUAUGCUGCUGGUCUAAUAUUGGUUGGUUGCUGUCCUGGUGGAACUGCAAGUAAUAUUGUUACUUAUAUUGCCCGAGGGAAUGUGGCACUUUCUGUUGUGAUGACAGCAGCAAGCACUUUCACUGCAGUGGUUAUGACUCCCUUCCUCACUGCCAAACUUGCUGGGCAGUAUGUUGCAGUUGAUGCUACUUCGCUGCUUACAUCAACCCUGCAGGUCGUGCUCCUUCCAGUAUUGGCUGGUGCUUUUCUUAACCAAUACUUUAACGGCCUCGUUAAAUUUGUUUCACCCUUGAUGCCACCCAUUGCGGUGGCGUCUGUAACUGUUCUAUGUGGAAAUGCAAUUGCACAAAAUGCUUCUGCAAUACUUUCAUCUGGCCUACAAGUUGUUCUUGCUGCAUGUCUUCUUCAUGUAUCUGGAUUUUUCUUUGGAUAUGUACUUUCAAGGAUGCUGAGACUUGAUGUGGCAUCUUCACGUACCAUUUCUAUCGAGGUUGGCAUGCAGAAUUCAGUGCUUGGGGUUGUUCUUGCGACGCAGCACUUUGGGAAUCCACUGACGGCAGUACCAUGUGCAGUUUCCAGUGUAUGUCACUCAAUCAUUGGUAGCAUUCUUGCCGGAAUUUGGAGGCAGAGUGUGCCAGCCAAAAAACAAGAUUGAAAUCCCAUGUGGAAAUUUAAACGAUAACUUAGGGAUUGGGCUCGCGAACAUGAAUUGUCUUGUUCGAUCAAUUAUGUUGAUAACUAUUUCCUUUGACAUGAUAUUUUCAAUAGAUCUUUGUCGAAAGGGGGUUGCUUUUAAUGUGGAACAAGCUUCCUGAAUUAUGUUAGGUGCAUCAUUGAUCCAAUUGGUAGAACAAUAUAAUUCCCUGGCUUGAAA